UAAUAAUUAAUUUGAAUUAAAGUUGAUAAGCUACAAUUAUAUUUGAAUGAAAUGCUUGAUAUUGGCAGUCUUUUUUAAAUACUUAUUGGAUCUACUAAAUGUAUAUUUACAACUGAUUGGACACUGGAUACCGACGAAUGACAUGUGUGCCGGAUCCUUCUUAGUUGUAGAUUCAGUUCUAUAGACUGAGUUGAAAUAUGACCAUUGGUCUAGGUGAUUCAACAUUGCGUGCACUACGUUGAGAUGUACGAUGGUGGUUGGAGGUAAUCGACACGAAACCUAUGGUUUCGUGCUAUUUGGCACUCGUCAGCAAGGCGUGCCUGUAGUCAUGAGGGAACUGAUGCUCCCUAAUGAAUUCGGUACCAUGUCACCUAGCUUCACAGUCAGAGACGUCUUCACUGAGCUACUCGAGCCGCGACUCACCUGCCCCAGGGCUGAGACUUAUUUACAAUUGAUUGGUCAUUCAAGUAAAUAUUGAAUAACAGUAUUUAUUCUUUGGUAAUUCAGUUUGUAUCAUUUACUGAAUAUGUACGAAACAGUUUUUCUCUGGUAUCUACUAUGCAUUUUUGAUUGUAAGCAUGUUUUUCUAUCUUCUAAUUAUUGUCAUAUUCUUUAUGGAUAGAAAAUAACAGUUACCUCGUUUUCAUGGCAAAAUGUCGAAGUGAUGAACCUGUCGUAUUAUAGUAAAGGGUAGUUGUGACCUUUCAUCUGUUCAACUUUGCUAAUAGAAGUCUUGUAAACGUGAGGUUUUUCAUGACCUAUAUGUUAUGUGAAAAGAACCAAGUAACGAAUUCCAUGGAUUUCCUGCUAGUAGUUUCGCGUGUAUAAUAGUUAAAUUUCACAUCAUAUAUAAAUAUUUUUUCCGUGUUUUCGUCUAGGAUUUUCACGAAAGUAUGUUUUAUCAUGUCUUAUUAAUAGUAUAAGGACCAAAUAUAACCUAGGCUGAAGAAAAACUUUUUAGUCAUUAUUUCAAAAUGUUUCUAAUAGUAGUCAGGGAAAUAUGAAAUCAUGUUUCUUUUCAUACCACAGUAUCGAGUACUGACUUUUGAUGGACUAAGUACUAACCAUAAUUUAUAUUUUACUUUUCAGACAUCGAUUACAUUGAGAUAUGUAGCGAAGAAGAUACAGCUGCUGCUUUGAAUGUUUGCAGAACGCGAAGAACUUAUAAUUACCGUGUGGUUAUGGUGAAGACAACAACAGGAAGCAUGUCAGUUUCUCGGCCGAAGUCAAAAAACAACACUUCAUGCAAUAACGAAGCCCGUUUAGAUAUGCGUGGACGAUGUUCAGCUGGGCAAAAAGUUCUAGCCAGUUUAAUCAUCCGUUUAGCACUGGCUGAAGUAUUUUGCCUACAUUGUGGAGUACUUGCUCUUGAUGAACCAACGACAAACCUCGACCGAGAAAAUAUUGAAAGCUUAGCUUAUGCUCUGGUAGAAAUUAUAAAAAACAGGAGCCGUCAGAAAAACUUUCAGUUAAUCGUUAUCACACAUGAUGAAGAUUUCGUCGAAUUACUUGGUAGAUCAGACUACGUGGAAAACUUUUUCCUAUUAUCACGUGAUGCACAAGGUUUAUCAGAAAUUAGAAAAGUCCCUAUUGGAGAACAUUUUCAUUAAAAUAUACAUAUUGUUUAUUUAAAUUAUAUAAAUGAUUUCAUGAGAACUUCUUAUUUGUUAAAUCACUAUUGUCUAGCUCAUUUUCCUCUCAUUGUAUAUGAAACAACAAUUAACGCUUAUUCUGAUAGAUGUGAGUACUUUUCUAUUUUAUAUGAUAAUUUUAUUCAGGUAUUAUUAGUCUGUAAACAAGGUAAAUUCUGACCGAUAAACUAAAAAUGAGUGCAGACGUGUGUAGGUUCAUAAUACUGUGGACCAUGUUGUUGAUCAGCUCAAAUUAAGCUUACAGGAUCUCCUAACCAUCUAAAUUAUGUGAAUACAAUGCAAUCCUAAAAUAAGCUAAUAGUUGUAUCCUGACACGGUCUCGGUAUCCCCUCGAUGCCACGAGAUCGCCAGCGAAUAUAUCUUGAUUUGGUCCAUUAAUCGCCUUCUGAUAUUUGGCUUCUCGGGGAUUUUAUGGAUUUAUUUGGUUAUUCGCUGAAAAAUUCCCAUUAUAUUAAAAUGGUUAUGUCCAACCUUCGCCUUCUGAUUAACUUGGCAUGUGUUUCUCUGUAGCGGUGUUCAUAGUUAACCUCAACACGACAGCACGCUACAAUUGGUGACCCGUAUCUUGGAACACGCCUCAACUUCUGAUCAAAUCUUCCAAAGAAGCCAAUUCGGUUCCUGCCUGGAGGAUUUGGUGAUCCCUUGCUACUAGACACAGAAGCCUGUUAAGCGAAAGCUUCUUCCAUUCCGUCCACAACCAUUUCAACCAUUAAGAAAGGUGUUUACUCGAGAAGGGGUUCCUGUGAUAUUAGUGACUGAUAAUGGCUCUCAUUUUGCUGCAGAUGCAGUCACUACCUGGUUGAACGGUAUAGGGUGCAAACAUCUGUUUACUGCUCCCAGACAUCCGUGUUCUAAUGGCCAGGCAGAGAAUUUUGUCAGGACAUUAGAGACUGCUAUUGAUUCUAUAGCGGCCUCAACAUUUAAUGAGCUGGAGGGGGAGUAGAUACCUUUCUAUUGCAAUAUAGAAAUGCCAGGCAUUCGGUGACGAAGGAGACUCCAGCGAAGCUACUGAAAGGAAGAAUUCUUCGGUCGAAUAUGAGAUGUUUGGAGUCUGCAGAAGUUACAUACUAUCGAGGAAAUGAUCUUGGACCAUCUAUGGGUAUUGUUCUGAAGAAUGUCGGAAAAUCGAUGGUGCAAAUUGUAGACAUCAAUGACUUAAGUACACACAGUCGACAUGCUGAUCAAAUACAAUUUCAGGAACCAGGUGAGUCAGUUACAAUUUCGGUUGUUAAUUCUAAUGCUAAUGAGUACAUUCUAGAUAAUACAGAAUCCUUAUCCAAUACAAUGUCAGACAGACUCAGGAUAAAUUUGGGAAGAAGACGUACGAUUGAUUACAAACACCUAAACUCCAAUUUAAGCUGUGGCGCAUGUGGUGUUUGAACGAACUAAUGAUACCUUUGUACUUGUUGAAUGCUCG